AUGGAAAAGCCCCGGAUCAAUCGACUUCCCGAAGGUGCACAAAGACUCCGCAAGCAGGUCAUCCCCAUGGAGGGAGUAGGCUUAUGGGGCCAAUUCGUUGACAAGGCCCGUGCCGGUGAUAUUGACAGUGCAAACACGGGCACAUUUCCAAGAUUGGGCCCUCAGGACGUUCAGGACGGGCUCAAGCGAGCCACUGAAACGUACAUUUCUCUAGCUUCGAAAAGGCCAAUUCAAGAAUCAGCCAGCAGUGUCGCUAGCAACAGUCUCGUUCAUCCCUCUGAUUCCAAGGACCCGCCUACCAACAAGCCUGCGGCACCGCCUCCCACCAAUCUGAUUGAAUUUACUUCAGGUAAUUUGAUCGAUUUUGACUAG